UAUUGGCUUAGAGGGAGGAUGAUGCUCUGGAGGAGAGGGCUUUAAUACCAUAUAACGCUGGUUCGCUGCUGGGCACGUAGUCUGGAGAACCCGGCUGAUCUGACUGCUGUCUCUGUGUUUAGAGUACUCCACACCAUGAGUGAGAGGCAGGGAUCCGGCGCAGCGGGCGGCAACAGCAAAACCUCUGGAGGACAAGAUGCUUCCAAGAAGGACGUCCCUGAGGACUUCGACAUCGACAUGGAUGCCCCGGAGACAGAGAAGGCAGCUGUCGCCAUCCAGUCACAGUUCAGGAAGUUCCAGAAGAAGAAGAACGAUGAGAAGUCCUAGUGGCUGCGGUGGGAACCCGUCUGGGAAGGAGUGGUGUGAUGCUGCAUGUGAUAGAAUCUCGUUCUUUACGGACUCGAGGAAGAAGUGAAACUCCAUCAUCUACUAAUGUAACACCAUCCACUGUAGAAACAUCUCGCCUACAAAUAAAGGUGCUGAGGAGGGAAGAACUACUGAAGAACCUUUCCAGUGGAUGGUGCUAUGAAGAAUUCAGUUGAAUGCGCUCAGCUGAAAGGUUCUGAAAGUCUAGGAGAACCCUUUUCGGCACCUUUAUUUUUAAGUGUUUAUUUUUUUCCUUGUAGUCAAGAGUUACUGUGUUCCUGCUGACUUUUACCUCAAUGUCGUUUAGUAAUGUAGUAUGAAUUAAAAUGAAGGAUCUAAAAGCAUCUCUAAAAGGGCCACCAAAUUUCAUGUCGCUGUACAUUUCCAGAGUGGAAUUUUUGAAGGCGUGAUUACAGGCUGUCCAGAAAAAAUACUCUCAUUCUGUGACAGUAGUUUGGUUUCCAUCCAUUUGAUUUUAUACGCAUUAUUUGAUUAAAUUUAUUUGAUUAAAGAGGAUAAUAGAAAUGAAAACCCUUAAACAAAUAAGUCAACAAAGUUUGUACUUUCACCUGAGGAGGAAACUCUGGUUUUUACGCCAAUAACUAAUGCAAUUAAUUACAGUCUGCUGCCCGAAGCUCUUUUGGAGCUGGAUUAUUGGAGAUCCGUGAUUUUACUCCAGUAUGAAUCUGCAGUGUCUGUAGUUUUUAAAAGUGCACCAUAACUCUGGAGUGAAUUAUGCCCUAUAACUGUCUAAACUCUGAGAAUAAUAGCAGUCACUGUGAUGGGUAACAGCUUGUUUGGUGUUGUCCUUUGUAGAUGAUUAAUAAACUCUUAACAGAUUAGGGCAGCAGGUACCAGUGUAGUGAAAGACACACAUUUAUCUUAAAUAACUCAUAGCAGUGAUAUUAGACAGACAGCAGGUGGCGCUGCAGCUGAUUAACCGGCAAUGAGAUGCUGCACAACAUUGAAGACUCACUCAGAGUUCUCGGAAAGCUUUGCUUCACAGAGCUGAUGGAAAGUCUGCUUUAUUUGCACAUUUACUGCUACGUUUUAGUUUGUUGCUUGAAUUAAAUUCUUCAUCUGGAUGGAAACCUGCCUACUGAAAUGAGCAGCAGCCUUUCUGCUCUACUCCUCAGUGAAAUACUGUAUUGACUGUACUGACUGUAAAGGCUGUACUGACUGCACUAGCUGUAUUUGCUGUAAUGACUCUAUUGAAUACUGACUGUAUUGACUGUAUUGACUGUACUGAGUACUGACUGUAUUGGCUGUAUUGGCUGUACUGGGUGUAUUAACUGUACUGACUCUAUUGAUUGUACUGAUUACUGACUGUAUUGACUGUACUAACUACUGACUGCUGAUAGCACUGACUGUAUUGACUACUGACUGCUGGCUGUACUGACUGUAUUGACUGUAUUGGCUGUACUGGGUGUAUUAACUGUACUGACUGUAUUGAUUGUACUGAUUACUGACUGUAUUGACUGUACUAACUACUGACUGCUGAUUGCACUGACUGUAUUGACUACUGACUGCUGGCUGUACUGACUGUAUUGGCUGUAUUGGGUGUAUUAACUGUACUGACUCUAUUGAUUGUACUGGUUACUGACUGUAUUGACUGUAUUAACUACUGACUGCUGAUAGCACUGACUGUAUUGACUACUGACUGCUGGCUGUACUGACUGUACUGACUGUAUUGACUGUACUAACUACUGACUGUAUUGACUACUGACUGUAUUGACUACUGACUGCUGGCUGUACUGACUGUACUGACUGUAUUGACUGUACUAACUACUGACUGUAUUGACUACUGACUGUAUUGACUACUGACUGUGUUGACUACUGACUGUGUUGACUACUGACUGUGUUGGCUGAAGCCAAUGUUGGUAAAUAAUUCACAGUGUAGCUCUGUUUGAUUACAUCUUUACUGGAUUUAGCUCAUCCACUGAAGGAGCAUUUAGAGCAGUCACUUUAUCAUCUGAGAUGUUCAUCUGGUUCCGUCUGCUAAAGAUCACAGUGAUGAUAACCGGCUGAAGUGGAAGGCGUAUGUUUCUGUCAUUGUUUCUUUCUCAGUGCAGUUGUGAUUGACUGAGGGAAUCUAUGAAUAAAUAUCCUUGAGUCACUGGAA